UCAUGCUGCUGCCAGGUCCAGAGUCUCUCAUGGGUCCCUGUACGGCCUCCCAUUGCUGCUGUCUCCAUCGCCACACUCUGCCAUGUGCCACUUUCAGGUCUCCUCACACUGCUGCUGGUGUGUAGAAUUUUUUGACAUAGGGUGCUGGCAGAUUACGGGCCUCCCAUAGCUGCUGCCAGGCCCCUAAUCUGCCAUGGGCCCCUAUACCGCCUCCUCAUGCUGCUGCCAGGUCCAGAGUCUCUCAUGGGUCCCUGUACGGCCUCCCAUUGCUGCUGUCUCCAUCGCCACACUCUGCCAUGUGCCACUUUCAGGUCUCCUCACACUGCUGGUGUGUAGAAUUUUUUGAC